AUGGAGUGGGAUGGGGUGGGGGCGGGGGGGGUUGUAGGGGGUGGGGGGGGGGUGGGAGUGGGGUGGGUGGGUUGUGGCGGGGGGGGGGUGGGGGGUUGUGUGGUUGGGGGGUGGGGGGGAGGGGGGGGUGGUGGGGGGUGGGGGGGGGUGUGGUGGGGGGAGGGGGGUGGGGGGGUGGGUGGAAUGGGGGGGUGGGGACAGGGGGGUGGGGGUGGGGGGGGGGGGUGGUGGGUGAGUGUGGGGGUGGGGUGGGAGGUUGGGGUGUGGGGGGAUGGAUUGGGGUGGGAGGGGUGGGAGGGUUGGGGUUGUAGGGGGGGGGGGGGUGGUGGGGGGGGUGCGCGGGAUGGGUUUGGGUGGUGGGGUGCUUGGGUGGAUUUGGGGUGGGGGGAGGGUUUGUGGCGGGGUGUUGGGAGGGUGGGGGUGGGGGUGCGGAGUGGGGGGGGGUCGGGGUGGUGCUUGUGUGUGGGGGUGGGGGGUGUUGUGUGGAUAGGGAGUGGGGGAAGGGAUGGGGAGGUGGCGCGCGUUGGGGGGGGGGGGGGUGAGAGGGGGGGGUGGGUGGGGGGGAGGGGGGGGGGGUGGGGGUUGGGGGGGGCGGGGGGUGUGGUGGGGGGGGUGGGGGUGGGGGUCGGGGGGGGGGGCGGGUCUGUGUGGGCGGGUGGGUGGGUGCGGUGCGGCGGGGGGAGGUGUGGUGGUUUGCUGUGGGGGGGUGUUGGGUGGGGGUGGUGGAUGGGGGUGUGUGUGAGGGUUGAUGGAGGUGUGGUGGAUGGAGGUGGGGGCUCGUCGGGGGGAGGGGGGGGUGGGGAGGCGGUGGGGGGUGUGGGGGAUUGGGGGUGGAGGUGCAUGAGGGUGGGGGGUUGGGUGGCGUGGUUCUUGGGUGGGGGGGGGGGGGUGGUGGCGGGGGGGGGGGGGGUGGGGUGGGGGGUUUUUUGGUGGGAGGGGGGGGGUUCUAUGGGGGUGGGGCGGCGGGGCGGGAGGGGUUUUGAGAGGGGGUUUGUGGGGGGCGGUGGCUUGGGUGGUGCCCGUCUGGGGGGUGGGGGGUGUGUGGGUUGGGGUGGGGGGGAGGGAGAGGGUGGUGGGGUUAGGUGGGGGGGGGGUUGGGGGUUGGGUGAGGGGGGGUGGGGUGGUGGGUGGGGUUGGGAGGUGGUGGGGGGGGUGGGGACAUCGGUGGUUGGAUGGGAGGCGGGGGGCGGGCGGGUGGGCGGCGGGGGGGGGGUGGGGAUGGGGCGGGGGGGGGGGGGGGGAAGUGGGGGGGGUGGUUGGGGUGGGGGUGGGGGGAGGGGAUGGGGUGCGGGUGUGUCGGUUGAAGGUGUGGUGGGUUGGUGGGAGGUGGGUGGGGUGGGUGGCAUGGCGGUGUGGGGGCUGGGGGGUGGGUGUGGGGGGUGUGUGGGGUUUGUGGGGUGGGGGAGGGGGGGGUGGGGAGGGUGGGUGGUGGGGGCGGAGGUGGUGGGGCGGGGGGGGGGGAAUGGUGUGGGGGGGGUGGGAGGGUGGGAUGGGGGGGAGGGGGUUGGGUGGGGGGGUGGUGGUGGUGUGGGGGUGAGGGUUGGGAGGGGGAGGGAGGGGUGGGGGGGGGGGCUGGUGGGGGGUGGGGGGGAGGGGGGUGUGGUGGGAUGGGAUGGGAGGAGGACGGGGCGGGAGGGUUGGUUGGGGUGGGGUGGGUGGUGGAGGGGGGUGGGGGGCGGGGUGUGGGGGGAGAGGGUGGUGGGGUGGCUGGGGGGGUGGUGGGGGGUGUUGUGGGGGGGGGGGGGGAGGGGUGGGGUGUUUGAGGGGGGGGGGUGGGGGUCUGGUGGGGCGCGGUGGGGCCGAGGGGGGUGGGAGGGUGGGGGGGGUGGAGGUAGGGCGGGGGGGGGUUUGGGGGGGGGUUUGGGGUGUGGGAUGGGUGGGGGGGGGGGGGGUGGGGGGGGGGUGGGCGAGGGGUGUGGGGUGGAGGGGGGUGGGGGCGGGUGGGAUGGGUUGAUGGGUGUGGGGGUGGGGGUGGCGGGGGGGGGGUUAGAAUGUGUUGGAGGGGUAGGGGGUGUGGCGAGGAGGGUUGGGGAUGGGGGGUGUGGUGGUGGUGGGCCGGUGGUUAUUGUGUGGGGUGGUGGAUGGGGGGGGGUGUUUUGGGCUGGCGGGGAUGGGGGUGUGGGAGAGGUUGGUUGGUAG